AUUAUCAUGUCAACGAGGAGAGCGCGAAUCAAAGCAGUCGCUGCUUUGCCACCGAGGAGAAAAAAUGCAGAUGCAAAGAACAAGCAAAGUGUGCUUAAGGAGGGUUAUGAGAAAGGCCCGCCAACACCGAAGACACCCCGAGCGAACAGUGGUAAAAAAGAUGAAACAAAAUCACCAAUUCCAAACACCGAUAAUAAAUCACCUGUUGUAAAGGCCGUACGCACUCCACCGCCCUUGAUACCGAUUUCAACUACUAAAAUUCAGUUAGAAAAUGUACCUUCACCUAGGCCAGAAAUUUCUAAAGAACCUGUACCAAGAAAUACCACGCCACAAAUCGAAAAAGAAAAGUCCGACUCUCCACAAUCUGAAAAAGUAUCUGUCAUAACAUCAGCAUCUAAUUCCAACUAUGUGACAAAUAAUCCACCACCUAAAACCACUUCAGUGAAACACCCUUCUCCUAAAGACUCAUCGCCGAAGGUCAUAAAUGUUGUUAGACAAAAUAGGGACGAUAUAGAAAAAACAAGUGGCAUAGACUGUGAUAUUGAAAAUGUACAAGUACUUAAUAUUCAGAAUAUGCAGGCAAAUCAUAUUCAAAAUGCACAGGAAAUUGCAGAAAAAACAAUGGAAAAUUCAGAUAAAGAAAAUGGAAUUGAUAAAAUUGUGGAUACUCCAUCAGACUCUGAUAGAGAAAAGAGGAAUGACAUUCGUGAUGAUUACAGUGUACCAAGUGUACCAGAAAGCAUAACUGAUGAAAGUGCAGUCAUGGAUGGUAUUGUUCCAUUACAACCAGGCAAGAAUGCUCCCAAACCAAUAGAUCUACUGAAGAAUGCAAUCAUAUCAGAAAAUGCUGAAGUACUUUUUGAUCCUAUUGUGCCUUUGCCUUCGCCGAGUAAAGUUAGACCGAAACUGCGGCCUAUCCCUAGGUUAGCACCAAAUAGGAGAAACAGUGUACAGGGCAGUGCAAGCGAGUCCGAAGACGAGAGCCGCCGUGCAUUACUAACGACCGGUGGGCCGACAGCUUUGCCGCCACGGCAGCGACACGACUCCCACACUUCACUCAGCACUAUGUUAUCUGCUCCUAUUAGGGAGGUGAACCGAACGAGAACCGACUCUGUGAGUUCGAGUGUCAGUCAGGUGACCGUGCAGCAGCCGCCUCCUACAUCGCCUGUAAAAGAAAAGCAUUUCACUAAAACUCGUCGUCAAGAAAUGAGCAAACGAAUGUGGCGACGCCGUCGUGACACUGCCAAACCAGACGUACUCACUAUGUACGAUUUGAUCUUCUUCAAUCCUACGACCAAUCCGAUUGUUCCCGAUCAAGACGAGAUAAAUGCAAAAGAAGCAGACGCAAAGGACGAAGCGGAAAGGAAUUCCAAACCUCAAGAGACCGAAGAGGACGUGGAUGACCCGCCUGCGGAAGACACGGCGCCCGCACCUCAAAUCAAGCUUGGACCUAACGGGGAAAUCAUACUGGAUGAGAAGAGCUUGGUGAUAAAACAAUCAGAUGCACACCGUAAAGUAUCGUCUGUGGUCCGCGAGGGAAGUUGGGCCGGAUCGGGCGGUGGACGGUAUACGCGAGCGGCCCGAACGGCCGAAUGGAGUGCGGUGGAAACCGUACGGUUCUACAGAGCGCUAGCUGCUAUUGGUACAGACUUCACUUUAAUGGCUCCAUUGUUUCCUGAUCGGAAUAGGCGAGAUUUGAAACUUAAGUUCAAAAAGGAAGAAAAAAUAAAUGGAGCACAAGUAGACAUGGCACUUCGGUCAGCAACUGCCUGGGACGUGUCAGGGCUUAUGGACGAGUUCAAGCAAGAAAGAGAAGAGGAAAAGAAAAAGGCUGAAGAAGAACGAAAGAGACUCAUUGAGGAGAAGAAAGCGGAAAAAGAGAGGUUAAGAAUGUCUAAGGAGAUGGGACUAAGAUCCAGUCGAGGCACUAAAGCAAUGGAGACCAAACGCCAUGCAGUCAUCAAUGAAGAAAUGACCGGCGACUAUUUCUUGCGCCGCGCUUUACAGGAAAGGAAAGAAAGGAACGAGGAACGAUUACAAAAGAAAAAUGAAACGAAUUUGUUACCCCCACCACCGCCAAAAGAACUAUCCAUACAAGCUCCAAUAACAAAUCAGAAUUUCGCUACACUGACGUUAAUUAGUGACAAAAUGCCAGUACCGCCGUCACCGCAUCAGAAUAAGGCCUCCGACAUGGCCACUAUAACAAGACUGAAUAAUCUAAAUUCAACUGUACCACUGCCACCUAGAACUGAAAAUGAAAUCACUGGAGUACCAAACAAUAUUGAAACAGGAUCUCUAGUAGUGCUACGGGUCAAUGACCCUAAUUCCCCUUCAAAAACAAUGUUACAAACGUAUAUAGCUCAUGGCGCAGGAAAGCUCACUCCUGUCGCGUUGCCCUCCACGUUCCUAAACUCUGUAGUAGGUUAUAUGAAAAAAGGUACUCCAAAAAGUACUAUAUCAACGGCGUCUUCCCCACAGCUGACGUCACCAAGUAGUGUAACAAGUCAAGAUAGUAGAUCAUGUACCCCAGGUGUCAUACAACUAGCUCCAAGUCCAGCAAAAAGACAGCGACAUAGUUCGUACACUAUAACCCCCCUUUGACAACAACACUUAACACGAUCUCAUGUUAAGGAUAUUCAUAGAAAGUCUGUUAUUGUACAGUCAAGAUCAAUGUGUUAAUGAAAAUCAACAUUAUCACAAUUAAUUUCUUGUGCACUUUUAAAUUGGUUUACGAAUUCCAGUUUCGACAAAAAUACACCAUACUUUGUUUAUUUUAAUAAAAUGUGCACAUAUAUCGUUUAUCGCUUAGACGUAUCCUUGUGACUUGACACUGUAAAAGGGUUUCAAAUUACAAUAAGGGAGUUAGUAAGUUUGACGCCGAUUGUACCACUAUAUAAAUUAGUUGACCUUACAAUAAAGUAAAUAAAGAAAAAAUAAAGUAAAUGUAGUUCCUCUGUAGAUUGUAAAUGCAUUUUUAUAAGAAACAGAAGAAUAACUUUAUAUAACAUAGACUGUAUUAAAAUUAGUAGACAGACUGUGAUAACGAAACCCUGUUCUCUGUGAAUGUAGAAAAAAAAAGAAGUGAAAGCAUUUGCUCCACAUUCCAUAAUGUACCAAUUCAUCACAGGGUGGGUCAGCUACAGAUUCUGCUCAUCUGGUAAUCAAUCAAGAAUGCAUUGUACUCCUUACCCAACUGUUGUUGAGAUGCAACUACAAACUACAGGAUACAAUUGCAAAAUAAGUAGUUUUCUCGUGUAGAUGCAACUACCUUUGUUCAACUACCCGUGCUCCACUCUAUAACUGAAACUUGUUAGAAUCAUUGGUAUAUAUUAUGUAUAGAUGUUUAUCGAAUUUCAUAGUGUUAUCUUCAGGCUUCAAUUUUGUUUCUGAUUAGUAUAAUAUUGUAGUUAACUGAACUCUGUAAAUAUGUUGUUGUGUUGUUACGCAUAUUAUUAUGCACGUAAUAGUAGAGGACAAUUAUGUAUAUUAAAAUAGUUUGUA